AUGUCUAAUGUUCUUCGUGAUCGCUCUCCAAUUGGAAGUCUCGACUUGGCCACUCAUGCAAGAUACCAAAAUUCUUUUAACGCUUCAAAUAUUCAUGAGGCAAGCAGGUAUCGACAAGCAUAUCUGUCAGUAAGAAAAGCAAAUCAGGCCAAAAUUUUGUCCAAAUCUACUGCGAAUACGGUUGUGUUUUCUGUUUAUAAUGCUAAAAGUCAAGGAAAUACAGGCAAUCAACAUGUUUCUUAUCAACCACUGAAAAGUCCUCAGCCCACGGCGGGUAUGGAAAUCACGUCGACAAAUCGUCUUGGUUGUUCAACAGGUACUACCUCGGAUGACCGUUUCAAACAUAUUUGUCCUCAUCCAAGGUGCGGUCGUCGAUACCAGGCUGAAAUUGGACUUCUUCGUCAUUUAGUUAAAUAUCAUGGUGAACAAAUUGAGUUGCCUCAGAGAACGCGCUCUGUAGCCAAUCAGCAAAUGUUGAGACGUCCGGCAUCAGAGGAAAGGACGAUAACAUCCAUAGGAUUUAAUGAUAUUGAUGAAAUAGAUAAAAUUUCCCCGAAACAAAGCUUAUCUAAAAAUAGAACUGUAUCACUGUCACAUUCAAAGAGUUUUUUGGAAUCAAAUCAAAUUGAAAUGACUAAAAUAGACUUCAAUCCUUCGACUUUACCUUUCGAAACUAUUCAGAUAAACGAAUAUACUUCGUCGGAUGAGUUAUCUUGUGAUAAGAUAAAAGAGGUAACACCUAUAUUGGAUAAGGGAUUGUCUUUUGUUUGUUCGACUACUUCCAAUGAAGAUGGGACACCUGUUUCAGUCCCAUUGAUUGAUCUAAACACAGAUAUAUGUUCCAAUAAUUUCCCGAUUUCAGUAGAUAUGGACAGUACCAAUUCAAAUGAUGUUACUAUACAUUCAUUAACAAAUGAAACAAAACUUCCGGUAUUAAUGAAACAACCAUUCAGAAAACAACCUAGAUUACGAUCAGUCAGCGGUGGUAGUCAUAAUGAUUUACCGAUUAUUAAAAUACAAUUAAUUCAAUAA